GAAGAAGAAGAAGAAGAAGAAACGAUAUUACGUUUCCGUUUGUAAUCCAACGUUUACGUUCCAAGAGCAACUCGUGUUAAAUUCGUAUUAAUGAAACAACAGUCGUAAUCUGUUGUCAAACUACCAAACAAGUCAUUGUAGAAAUUAAACUAGGCUAAAUUGCUUUCAGGCAAUCCUUUGCUAAGCUGAUAGUAGCUCGUUAGUGCUACUCUAUAAAGUUAAGAAUGGAUAAUAUCGAAACACCAUACGAGGAGGAAGACGGUUUUAUUGAAUGCACGGUCUGUGAAAAAUCAUUAAGAGGUGACACCCUCUACAAGAUACACCUGACCACCCCGGGACAUUUAAAGAAAGAGGAUACCCUUGUUGCUGAGGGGAAGGCUGUCAGGGAACACGUCGUACCAAAGUUCAAGGACAUCUUACACUAUCUGGAGUACCUGAAUCUCGAUGAGCCCAUCAUUGGCUUGAAUUUUUUGGAGGAAGCGGCGAAUUAUGACCCACAGUUUGGUGUCAGAUACAUCUGCAAGUUAUGCAGUCUGACAGCCAAUCUGGCAGAAAUGGUCUGCCACGUGAUUGGUCGUAAGCACCGGCAGAAAUAUGUGGAGUUGAAACGGCCGGACCUGGUGACCUGGGACGCUAACACUAUAAACACCCAGGGAGGAAAGAUCAUGCGAGCCAAAGCGGAGAUAAUUGAGAGACAGAACGGACGAGGGGUUCCUGAACCAUUGUUGAGAACAGGGGCUGAAGGGAGGCUGAACGUCUCAAGAGUUAAUCCAAGACAGAAGCAGGAUGGGCCACCAAUCUCCCAGAAGUCCCAACAAGCUGGUCCCCCCACUCCUACCUGAACUACAAGACUAUCGGCGAAAGAGGGAUCUUUCCGGUUUCAAUCCGGACUUUAUGAGCCGUAGUCGCUUUGAAGAGGAGCGGAGAGGAGCGGACUUCAUGGGGGGUCCUGGUUAUAGAGAAGACCGCUUGAACCCUGAUUAUUCUGCUAAGUAUCUGCCGGAAUAUGACGAA